GGAGUUGGAUCCCAAUGGACUUUGGUUUGAAGACAAUGGAGUCAUUCGCAACAUGACUAAAUGCUUCAAGCAACAUUUCCAUCAUCCAUGGAGGAACUAUUCGCAGGUUGAUGACGAUACAAAAAACCUUUGGUUCUCUAUUUUCAAGGGCUCAUAUAAAUGGAGGGAGGAGCUUCAAUCCCAAGUGAGGUCUACAUACGACAGGAAAAUGGCCAAACGAUUGAAAGAUAAUCACCACUCGAUAGUAAAGAAGAAGGGUAGUGUUUGUCCGACAUGGUUGUCUCUGAGCAUUCACGAGCAGAUGAUGAAGAAUGCUCAAGACAAGGAUUUCAAAGCACGAUCUCAGAAGGCUAGCAAGAACCGGCGAGGAGGUGACUUGACCAGCAGCGUACCUCCUUCUCAUGUCCAGGGUUCUAUUUCCUCAGCAGAGCGCGCCAAGAGAUUGGUAAGUGUAACUUGUUUGAAUACAUUUAAUACAAAAACUUGAUUUAAUUAAUGUCUUUGAACGUGUAGGCCGCACAGCGUGGAGGGAUGCUGCCUUCCGCUGU